AUGGAAGUUCUGCCGAUCUGUGAUCUCUUGAAAGCAGAGCCUCUGGCUAUUCAAAUCACUCUGGCUCUACAAGAUUUCGCCCCAACGUCCAAUGUUGAGGAACUUGCAGUCAUCUCCGCUUUACUCAAGUAUACCAUACCUGAUGUCUAUCGCCAACUUCCGGAGGCCACCAGAGACGUAAUUGCCAAUGUAUUCCGCUCCACAGUGGGUUUAGGCAAUCUAAUUGGCCGAAUAGACAUGAUUGCUGGUCUGAGAGCUGAUGUGCUGGGCGAUUUGGUGGAUCUACUCAACAUUCAUACUGGGCUUUUAGAAAAGGUCCUUCGUCCAGGAAUGGUCUUCCGAGCUUCCAAGAAUGCUCUUGCUGUUCGGGAGCUCGAUAAGCUUCUUUACAAGGGAAAAUGCUUUUCAAUCAUUAGAGAAGUGGACAUGAAGUUUCAUAAUGUCUAUGUUCCACCAGUUCUAGCAUCUAUGGCGGCGUAUGGAACCUAUCUAGCACAAGAAUUGCUUCCCAUGUACAGCCACGUGGAGGUUUCGACCAUUAAUAUCUAUAUUUUGUCGUUAAUGUCGACAUCAAGUCAGCUGCCUAUAUUCGAAUGCUUCUUCAAUAGACACGAUAGCUUUCAUCUCCGAACAUCGGUGGCCAAGAUGAAAAGAUUCGAGCGAAAGCAGCUACUUGUCAGAUUUCUUGAUUGGGUUUGUCUUCGGUACUUCAAGUCGGCUUUUGAGCUCGACACCAUAGCGGCCAUCUACAUUUUGGCUGGCGAAUAUCUAGAUGCCCUGGUGUGCGACCAAUUGACUUGUGAAACGGUGAUCUCUCGCUACAGUUAUGCACUCAACCAUACAUUGUCACUUCUACUACGUACUUCGCUUACUGAUGAUGUGUACAGGGCCCUUGUAUUGACCUUGUUGACAGCGUGGGGAAACAUAGGGCUACUCGAGGAAGAACCUAUAGUCAGACAAGAGUUUAGGACACAUCUUCUCUUAUGCAUGUGCUACCAGCUCUCGUCUCAUAGCAUCCAGGAUUUGAUGAAGGAUACAAAGUUUGUUAGUGCCAUUUCCAACAGACUUCUGUCUCUUUCUAAUCGUGUCAAGUCUCUUGGCAUCUACUUUGCUGAUACAUUGAGCGACUAUUCUCGAACCGACAAAAUUUUCAACAUGUCAAGUGACGUGAUGGAGGUUUUGUUGCCCAAUACCAGAAUUUCUACUAGCGAUGUCAUGUUCGAUGUCGAAGAGGCUUGGGAAAUUCUUGAAACUCCGGAGAUAAUUGAGCAUCACAGCGAAGAAAUCCAAGAUAUUGGGCGCCAGCUAGCACCAGUGACACUUAAGGACUCUGAGGACUUGAACAUGGGCGAGGAAGAAGAUGAUCCGUCACUUGCUUCCAAGCCCGUGCAUGCUCCAAUUUACAUUCGAGACUUGUUGGCAUAUCUUUCUGUCGACUCCAAGUCGCAUGGAGCCUAUGAAAAGCAAAGGAUAGCCUUGAAAACGGCGCCUACUUUGUUGAGACAGAAGCUGAAGUUUGGCUCCGAAGUGUCCUUUUUUGCUGAAGAACUACUUACUAUUCUCACUGCGCUCACCAACCAAUACGACGAAAAGGACUUUGAGAACCUCAAACUCAACGCCAUGAUAGCGGUAGUCGUUUCCUGUCCUUCUGUGACAACUCAUGCAUGUCAAUUGCUACUUACAGGUGAUUACUCUUUACAACAACGAAUGUGUCUCUUGUCAUGUUUGUCGUUAGCAGCACGUGAAUUGAAAGGCUAUGAAGAUGAAGCUGUUCUGCAGAGUUUUGACCCCAAGUCGUUUCCCUCUAAAACUCUUCCUCCAGCUCUCCACAACCAGUACAUUUCCAUGGCCGAAUCAGAUUACGGCUAUGCCCGAAUCGAAAACAGUAUUCAGAAUCAGCUCAUGGACGAGGUUUCCGAAGAAGCUAAGGACGAAAUCAGUGGGGGAAAAAUCUUGAGAAUGUCUUCUACACUCAGAAAACACGUUGAACCUCUGGCUAUCAGUAAGGAGCAACUUACCCAUUUUAACAAAAUCGUUGGAAAAAGAUUCUUCUUCCCAAUCCUUGCUGUCUGGUACGAGUCCCUGGGGAUUGAUAUCGGCCCUCAUACACCGAUUCUCGCAGCACAUUUUCUAAGAACACUUUCUAUCAUCCUCCACACGGCGUACCCUGCGGCUGUGGAUCUUAACGACAUGGCUCGUGAGUACUUGCACCUCGUCACGCCAAUUCUCCAAGCAAUUAGCGUGCGAGAGUUGCAAGUCAUAGAAAGUAUAGUCACAGGAGUCACGCUAGUAUGCGAGCUUCUCGACAGCACGUUUCUUGUGGUCAACUUCGAAGGACAACUCACAAUAAUUGAGCACACCAUUGGGAGCUGGUGGGAGUCUUUAAUUGAUGAACGAGUCAAAAGCUUGUGUGCUGGACUCUUAUUGAGAAUCUCCCGCCUCAAAACCUCCAUGGAAAGGACCCUUAUGGACCAGAUGAACGGAUUUGUCUAA